AUGUACCUGAACAACGCACUCUCCCUCCUGGGCAUCUCUUCGCCGAUCGAGGACAUGCUCAAGAUGGCCGACAAAGCCCUGCCGCUUACUCCCGUCACCAUCUCGCAGGUCUUCAACUGCAUGUAUACCCUCUUGCGGCUGCGCCAGGACGCUCAGCAGCAGCUCGAGAGAAAGGCCGAUGACCUCGCGGUGUCCCUUUCACAAGAACACAGACUCGCCGCCGAGAAGAAACGACUAAAGGAUAGAGUGGACCAGUUGGAGCGCGAGACGGCCCUGUGCCAGGCGCGCGAGAAGUCCCUCAAGGAAAACACGGAUAAAGAAAAGGCCAAGUGGAACCUCGAACGACAGGAAACACGCAAACAGCUUCUCGCUCUCCAGGGAAAGGACACCCAGUAUCUGCACGAGAUGCGCAAGAAGGAACGUGAGUACGAGCGACUCAAGCAGACGCUGCAGCAGUACAUCGCCGAGAAGAAAGUGGC